GCCAGGUAGCAUCCUUCAAGGAACUAAGCGGGGAAGCAAGUGCUGCUAUGAAUUACAGUUCCCAAGGAAAACAUUCACUUUCUUAUGAUGAAUUGCUAAGUAGGAACAAGCAGCUGAGUGCUAAAGUGGAUGCCUUAACUUCAGAAUUAAAACAGUUUAAAAAUCAACAGGAUACCAUCAGCUUACUGCGAGAGAGUCAAAAGUCUCUUGUUUCCACAAACAAUCUUCUUAUGCAGCAGCUGAACAGAGAACAAGGCCCUUCCUCAGCCAAAGGAGCCCUUCUUUCGGAGAAGAUCACUGCUUCCACCAAGGCUCCUUUCCUCGUGAGAACCUCCCGCCAUGCGCCAUCCUCUUCUGCCUUUGACUUUAGCCAGCUGUGCAGUUCACAGCAGCUCAGCAGCUGUCCUUUCUGACGGAGCACAGAAUUACCUUCCCAUGCAGACUAUCUCAUGAAUUAUGCUUUGUUUCACAUAAGAAUAGCAUCACAUGAUGUGUCUGCAGUUUGCGGCUUUUUAAAAUGU